GGCAGAGCGGCUGCGCAGCCGACCUGGCGUUUCCCUUUACGUCAAGUCGUCGGCCUGCGUGCCCGCUCCCAAGAUGGCGGCGGCGGCGGCAGCGUCGGGUGUGCUGGGCAAGGCAGGCUGGAGGUUCCUACAGCUGCGGUGCCUGCCCGUGUCCCGCUGCCGAACACUCCUGGUGCCACGUGCCUUCCAUGCUUCAGCUUUGAGGUUCAGGUCUUCCGAGGAGCAGAAGCAGCAGCCUCCCCCAUCUUUUUCUCAGCAGCAUCCUGAGCCACCAGGAGCACAAAAACCCGAUGUAGAGUCUCCUCGCAUACCUCCCAGGUACACUGACCAGAGCGGGGAGGAGGAGGAGGACCACGAGAGUGAGGAGCAGUUGCAGGACCGCAUCCUGACGGCAGCCCUAGAGUUUGUGCCUGCCCAUGGGUGGACCGCAGAAGCUAUUGCCGAAGGAGCCCAGUCUCUGGGUCUGUCCAGUGCAGCAGCCAGCAUGUUUGGGAACGAUGGCAGUGAGCUGAUAUUGCACUUUGUCACCCAGUGCAACACUCGGCUCGCCCACAUACUAGAAGAGGAGCAGAAGCUGGUGCAGCUGGGCCAGGCAGAGAAGAGGAAGACAGACCAGUUCCUGAGGGACGCAGUGGAAACCAGACUGAGAAUGCUGAUCCCGUACAUUGAGCACUGGCCCCGGGCCCUCAGCAUCCUCCUGCUCCCUCACAACAUCCCACCCAGCCUGAGCCUGCUGACCAGCAUGGUGGAUGACAUGUGGCAUUAUGCUGGGGACCAGUCUACUGACUUUAACUGGUACACCCGCCGGGCCGUGCUGGUUGGCAUCUACAACACAACAGAGCUGGUGAUGAUGCAGGACUCGUCCCCAGACUUCGAGGACACUUGGCGCUUCCUGGAAAACCGGAUUAAUGAUGCAAUGAACAUGGGCCACACUGCCAAGCAGGUGAAGUCCACUGGAGAGGCGCUGGUGCAGGGCCUCAUGGGUGCAGCAGUGACGCUCAAGAACUUGACAGGUCUAAACCAGCGCCGGUGAAAGGAAGGAGUGAACCCUGAGUGCCURGAAGAAAAGGAGCAGGUAGAUUUAAAGGGUUUUAACAAGUAAGGAGUGCAACCGUGGGACAGGGUAUUACCGAGURUUACCAAGAACACGGGAGGACUCAAGUCACCAGCAGCUACCUGGAAACCAGGGCACUUGGUGAUACAGUUGUGACAUGGGAUGCGGCUACCGCUUCAGUUCCUGAUCCCAGGCCUGGCCUUCUGAUGCCUUUCUGCAUUACAACUGUGUGACUGGAAAACAACACUCACCCAAGCUUUCAAGCCACAGAAACUCUGCAUGUCCCUAUCAUGGUCUCCCAGUCACCUUGGUCCUGUCCUAGCCUUCCUAGGAAAGCUCUGUGGCGCUCCCAAGUCAGAAACAAAGUCUACCACCAGGUGGCAGCUCAGCCCCAGUGCGACAUAGGCAUGAGUGACCCAGGUGUUCCUUUGCUGUCCUGAGAGCGGCUCCUGUGGGUCCAUUCAAAAAGCUGCCUCACCUGAGACAGUUCCUGCUGGGUGGUGGCGCUCAGCCUGGCCAGAAGUAUGAUACAGUGUGUCACAUUACACCACGGGUGGCCAGUGGUGUCACCUUACACCAGCAUGCAUUGCAGCAUUAUUAGUGUAUUUAGAAUCUGUAAAAAUAAUAAAUACGUUU